GCAUGCCGGGAGAUGUAGUCCCACGGGUCCGGCGGAAGGAGCUGACGGGGCUGGGGCGAUGCGAGGUCCGGUGCCGUGGGCCGCCCUGGCGCUGCUCCUCGCCGCCCCCGCGGCGGGGCAGCCGCGGCCCAGCGUGGUGCUGGUGGCGAGCGACUCCAUGGAUGGACGCUUGACAUUUUAUCCAGGAAAUCAGACUGUGGAUUUGCCAUCCAUAAAUUUUAUGAAAAGAUAUGGCACUGUCUUUCUCAACGCCUACACCAAUUCUCCGAUUUGUUGUCCUUCCCGUGCAGCUAUGUGGAGUGGUCUUUUCACUCAUUUGACAGAAUCUUGGAAUAAUUUCAAAGGCCUGGAUCCAGAUUACGUGACGUGGAUGGAUCUGAUGGAAAAGCAUGGCUACCACACGCAGAAGUACGGGAAAUUGGACUACACUUCUGGACACCAUUCAAUAAGUAACCGCGUGGAAGCCUGGACUAGGGAUGUUGACUUCCUCCUCCGACAAGAAGGGAGACCCAUGGUGAAUCUUACCAGUGAUAGGAAGCGUGUGAGAGUGAUGGAAGCAGAUUGGCAGAAUACAGAUAAAGCAGUAAACUGGAUAAAGGAAGGAGCCAUUAACCUGACUCAACCAUUUGUUCUUUACUUGGGACUGAAUUUACCACACCCAUAUCCAUCACCCUCCACAGGAGAAAAUUUUGGGUCCUCUACAUUUUUGACAUCUCCCUAUUGGCUUGAAAAGGUAGCCUAUGAAGCUAUUAAAAUACCCAAGUGGUCUUCUCUUUCAGAGAUGCAUCCAGUAGACUAUUACUCGUCUUACACCAAGAAUUGCACAGGAGAGUUUACACAGCAAGAAGUAAGAAAUAUCAGAGCGUUUUAUUAUGCCAUGUGUGCCGAGACAGAUGCCAUGCUGGGUGAGAUUAUUUCAGCUCUCAGAGAUACUGGGCUGCUUAAGAAAACAGUUGUCAUAUUCACUGCAGAUCAUGGAGAACUUGCUAUGGAGCAUCGGCAGUUCUACAAAAUGAGCAUGUAUGAAGGAAGUUCCCAUGUCCCUCUUCUAGUUAUGGGGCCAGGUAUGAAAGAGCAGCAGCAAGUACCACAUCUGGUGUCUCUCGUGGAUAUAUAUCCUACGAUGCUUGACAUAGCCAGAAUUCCUGUGCCGCAAAACCUCAGUGGAUAUUCUCUUCUACCGCUGCUCUGUAGCAAGGCUGAGAAUGAAGUCUCACCCAGUCGGCCUCGGCCUUCAUGGGUGUUGAGUGAGUUCCACGGGUGCAAUGUGAAUUCUUCUACAUACAUGCUUCGAACAGGCAAAUGGAAAUAUAUCACGUACUCAGAUGGCCAGUCCAUUCUCCCACAGCUGUUUGACCUUUCUGCUGAUCCAGAUGAGCUAACAAAUGUUGCCAUAAAAUUCCCAGUAGUCGUACAUUCCUUGGACAAAAUACUCCACUCUAUAGUGAAUUACCCGAAGGUUUCUUCUUCUGUGCAGGAAUACAACAAGAGACAGUUUAUCAGCUGGAAACAAAGUUUGGGUCAGAAUUACUCAAAUGUUAUUGCCCACCUUAGGUGGCAUCAAGACUGGUUAAAGGACCCAAAAAAAUAUGAGAGUGCGAUUGACAGGUGGCUUAGUAGAAGUAAGUAAACAAAACCAACGUACGUUUAAUACGACUGGGGAUAUGAAACGUUCUGCAUGACAUUAUGCUGUACUUCAAGUGUUGGAAUUCUUGUCUUAUAUAAAGCUAUUGAAGGCAAAGAUGCCCAAACAAUUACCGCUUUGUGUUAAAGAGCCAAAAGCAUUUUAUAUAACCAGCCAGCACAACCGAUCUUGAUUUUUACACGUUAAAUUCUGUAAGAGUCAAAUAUGCAUAGAAAGGAUAGGACGUAAGAACUAAUUCUGUGUAUGGAAUACUUAACUGUUUGCCAAAAUGCUAUAGGGCUUAGAAUAUAAUCAGGAAGUUAACAACCAAUAUUGGUCUGUAUGUAUCAUAGACACAUAGAAUUGUUUCAUUGAGAAAGACCUUUGUGAUCAUUGAGUCCUGCUCUUCUCCAGACUAAUCAGCCCCAGGUCCCUCAGCCGCCUCUCAUAAUCCUCUCAAGCCCCUUCCCCAGCUCUGUUCACUUCUCCUGACGUGCUCCAGCCCCUAAAUGUCCUUGAAGCAAGGGGCCCAAAACUAAACCCAGAAUUCAAGGUGGGCUUCACCAGUGCUGAGUCCAGGGGCACAAUCCCUUCCCUGCUCCUGCUGGCAAACAGAUGCAGUUUAUUCAAGUACUUACUGUGCCAGCAUUCAUUUUUACAUGAUUGAUGCCCGGAUCUUUUCAAGAUCUGCCUUCUCAUCUUUUACUUUUGGAUCUGGAACUUAAACCACUCCUUGCUUCAUAAUAUACCUCAUUGAAUGUGUGUGCAAGUGAAGAGGAAUCUGGUCUCUGGUCACUGUUGGGAAUUAAAAAAGACCACACCAAACCAGUCCCUUUGACCGAAACCUGGGAGCAGAGCAGUUCUCUGAAUAGUGAUAGUGUAGUUUGCAUAGUGCAGAUUGGAAUCCAUCUUGGUUGUCUGGUUGGGUUCUGCGGGUGAAUGUUCUAACAUGCGUCAGCAAGUGGAGAAUUGGAACCUGAGAUGCAUACAAAGGAGGUGCAAGUGAGGCUUGCAGAAAAUUUAACAGAAAAAUGCUGGUUUAUGUUUUUCCAGGAAUGUAAUUAAAAAAUGAAGGAGUUUCGGAAGAAGGUAUGGUUUAGCUCAAACUCCUCUGCUUAAGGAAAAAUGUAAUCGUAGCAGCAUUUACACCUGUUUGUUCUUGAACACAGUUGGUGCUGCUAUAGUAACAGGGCAGUAUGACAUUAUACUUUUUACUUAAGUAUUUUCUGUAAUGAAACACUCAGCAGUAGCAGUAAGCUAGUGAAAAUAAACAUGAAAAAAUCCUGCAUUUUCUGAUGGUGAAGCACUCCACAUGUGUUUGUAAACAACUUGCCACUUUGUGAACUAGGUACAUACUUAUAAGUGUUUUGGCUAUUUUGUAUUUUUGUAUCUAUAGAACAUUAACGCUGACCUUUUCCUGCUUACUCCUACAGCAGAAUUUUUUCCUUUCUUAAGAUUUUGUAGACAAGGAACAAAUUAAUAAUUAAUAAACCCCUUCAAACACUGUGGUGUAUGUUCUUAUAAUUCCAGCUAAAAUUGUUACAGAUCAUAGAAUCAUAGAGCCAUGGAACAGUUUGGGUUGGAAGGGACCUCAAAGGACAUCCAACUCCAAUGCCCUGCCAUGGGCAGGGACACCUCCCACUGGAUCAGAGGCUCAAGGCCCCAUCCAGCCUGGCCUUGAACACCUCCAGGGAUGAGGCAGCCACGGCUUCUCUGCGCAACCUGGACCAGGGCCUCACCACCCUCAUUUGGAAGAAUUUCUUCCUAAUGUCUCAUCUAAAUCUUCCCCCUCAUCCUAUUAGUCCAGGCCAUUGUAAAAAGUCCUUCCCCAGCUGUUCUUGAGCCCCUUUCAGCACUGGAAGUUGCUCUAAGGUCUCCCCACAGCCUUCUCUUCUCCAGGCUAAACAACGCCAAAUCUCUCAGCUUGGUUUCAUAGAGGAGACGCUCCAGCCUUUACAUCAUCAAUGUGGCCUACUCUGGAACUGUUCCAACUGUUCCAUGUCCUUCCUGUACUGAGGACUCCAGAAAUAAAUCCAGAAUUCCAGGUGGAGUCUCAGCAGAGGGGAGCAGAGUGGCAGAAUCCCCUCCCUCGCGCUCCUGGUCCCACUGCUUUGGAUGGAGCUCAAGACACGGGUGUUUUCUGGGCUUUGAGCACAUGUUGCUAGCUUGUGUUGAGCUUCUCAUUUCCAGCACCCCAAAUCCUUCUCCUCAGGGCUGCUCUCAAUUAUUUUGUCCCCUCUAUUGAAACCAUGGAUCGCCUCAACCCAGGUGCAGGACCUUGCCCUUGGUCUUGUUGAACCUCUUGAGGUUCACACAGCCCCACUUCUCCAAGCUGUCCUGGUCCCACUGGAUGUCAUUCCAUCCUUCUGGUCGUGAUAGUGAUGAAAUAAUAUAAACAAAGAACGGGGUGAUGUAAAGCGGCUGCAUAAGUAGAGAAAGUAGAUGUAUUGUUAUGAAGGCUCAUUCAGCGGCAAAAAGAACAAAUAAGUCAGUCACUUUCCAGAGGUCUGGACAGGACACAGUGAUUG